UGUUACUAAAAUAUCUAUUUGCCAUUACUUAAUGUUUUUGUCAUCAUUAAUUAAAUAUUAGUUAUCUGCAUAAAAUCUGUAUGUUAAUGUUUUAACAAAUAGAAAACAAUCUAUUAACUAAUAUUGUAUUUUAUAUUUGUUAAUAGUUAACUAAAUGUAUUUUGGCACUAAUUAACAGUUAUUUCUUACAUUAUUAAAAUGUUAAAUGUGUAUAUUCAAACUAUAUGUUAAUAUAAAAGUUAUUGACAUAUUAUUAUUUAACUAAUUGUUAUUAAACUGUUUCUGCCUAUCCCAAUAUGAACCACUCCUCAUAGGACCCUUAUAAUAAAGUUGGUUAAGUAAGGGAUAACGGCCGCCGAGAACAGCAUUUCGUUCCAGAGGGAGAUAAGCUUAAUUAGAGUAAUAUAUAGCUAUCAGCGUGGGGCCCCUUAUAAUAAAGUUGGUUAAGGGUUAUUAAUAUAUUAGUAAUAUAUAACUAUCAGUAUUGGGGACCCUUAUAAUAAAGUUGGUUAAGGGUUAUUAAUAUAUUAGUAAUAUAUAACUAUCAGUAUUGGGGACCCUUAUAAUAAAGUUGGUUAAGUAGCCACUUAAUUAGUUUUAAAUUUGUUUUAGUUGAUCGGCGACCCUCAAUAAGCAUUCUAAAUGUUCUAGCUAAGCCUGUCAUUGUGUAUGCUACAGUAGGCUACACAGUGUAUGUCUUCAGACCCAUCUGCUUGACUGAGAGCGCUAUUAGCGCCAAUUCUUCCUCGGGGUUAUAGGUUAGCGAGACCUAGAUUUUUUUUUAUCAAUACAUAUUUAUUACACAGUCGGAGUACAUAUGUGGUUAUUUUUGACCAGGCAUUAUGUAAUUCUUAAAACUUUUAUAAACAACCAAAUAAAUAUGCAUAAAUAUAUAUAGAGUCUAUAUAUAUUAUUUUUUUUCAAAUGCGCCAAUCACAGUUUGGUCUGCAUAGGCUACAUCUGACUACUCCUGUUGGAAGUCACAGUCAGUCAGUCACUCACUUCACAGAGCUCAAGUUAGUAACAAGCACAAGACAAGACACUUGGCUGAAGUUCACAUUGAUGCUCUCUUGAUUGCGCAAGCCAGGCUGGAAAGUUUAUUUGAAAGUGUAGGUAAAUAUGUCGGCAGGCACCAGAUCUGGGAAAGGCUUAAGAAAGAACACAACAGCAUUGAAGAACAAAAUGCUCCCCUCCGCCUCCGCUGUCAUCAACCAUCUGUCGUCUGUCAUCAACCUUGAAAGCGGUGGUGAUGACUCCACAGACAUCCCCAACGUCUCUAAAUCUUCUAAGGACGGCAACAGAUCAGGGAAAGUUCCUAGAAAGAACCAAACAGCAGCGAAGAAGGACAAAACGGUACCAGCCACCUCCACUCAAACAUUUGACAUCAACCUUGACAGUGGGGAUGACUCUACAGAUACCCCCCAUGUCUCUAAUCCGAAGAAAGACAGGUCACCAACGGUGAAGAAUCUCCUCCAAAAGGCCAAGAUGAGAGAACGGUCUCAAAAUAAGAAACUCCAGAAAGUGAUAAAGGAGAGAGAUGCUCUUCGCAAACAACUGGCAUACCUGUCUAAAGCUGCCAAAGAAGACUCUUCAGAGGAAGACACAGCCUCCUGCUCAUCCAACAGUUCUUCAAUGAGCCAGUCCUCCUCCUGCUCUUCCUCCUCCUCCUCAGAUGAUGAUGAUGAUAAGAUGAGACGAAAGGGCAAGGGCAAGGCCAAACUCAGACUUACGAAGAACAAAAAGAAGAUGAAGAAGCACCACAAAGCCGAUGUCCGCAAAAGAGCCCGUGGCCCUUUUGAAGUCAUUCGAAGAUAUAAGAAGGUCCUAAAGGCUUACAACCGAGGUUUGAAACUGUCAGCUGCUUGCGCAUAUGCCGGGGUGAAUGAACUGACAGUCAGGUCAACGGCGAGCAUUGCCGAGCUUGCAACAGCGUCCCCGGCCGAAUUCACGAAGCUCCUUGAGCAAGCCAAACAAGCAAAGCUCAAAGAUGUGGCAGUUGUUUGCGAAAAUUACAUAAAAGGUGAUGUCCAGAUUCAAACCAAAGUAGGAGACUUAAAAAGUCAAUGCCAAUUAAUUCCAUAUGGAAAGAGAGCAUGAUUGUUUUUUUUUUACCCCAGUUUGUGGGUUUUUUUUGUGUGUGGUGUGGUACUGGCCUGUGUCAUUCAUUCUGUUUAAGUGGUCGGUGUUCCAGUUUUCCACUUUAUAAAUAAAGUGUUUUCA